AGGGUCCCCUAGAUUCGCUGCAGCACAACCAGGUUCACCCAUUCCCUCCUUGGACCGAAGAGAAGCUCUCUCUAGGACUAGGUCUGCACGAAGAUACAGAGCGGGGGAAGGGAUCAGUGAUGAGAUACUGUCUAAAACAGCAAAACACACUCGUAACAAAUCCGACACUUUCGCUCAACCUUUAUCAGAUGGGGAUGGAUCCCCUGCUGCGGCGGUCCAUAAAUGGUUUUCCAACAUCCUCAGGCCAACCAAUAACAAUAACACGCCUCCUCCUCCUGAUUCUGUCUCUUCUCUCCCGCCCCGUCAACCUCUUCCCCGAAAGUCUCGCUUCCAAAGCGAGCCCUCUCCUGCACCUCACCCCCAGGGGAUCCAACCCUCGAAUUCAAGACGAACCUUCAAGACUUGUUCGCCGUCGCCGGAGAAAGAGAAGGAGAAUCCUCCGUCCGAUUCUGUUCCUCUGUCGCCGCCGAGGAACCUCGUGGAAUCGGCGCACCGGAGGACGAUAUCGUCUUCCACAUGCUCGCAGGAGAAGGUCGCGCCUAAGCAUGUUGUUGUGAAGGAAGAGGAAGUGAGCCAAGAGCAUACCAUCAACGAGUUCUUGAAAGAACAGAGGAUUUUGUUCGGGAAAGUUUCGAGCGGAGAGCUCCAUGCAGAUGCCAAAAUCGUGCUUUCGGGGCCUUCCAACAGUUAAUGAAUGAGUAGUUUUUUGUUUUGUGACGUGGGAAUGUUGGAAAGUGUUUGACUCUGUGUGACCGUGCAGGUACGGCGUCGAUGGUGGCUGCUAUUUGCCACGCGUGGCUAUUGGAUUAUAGGCAGAGAAAGAACGAGGGUAGAAGCCAGGGUGUGGUGACGGUGCCUGUCAUCAAUGUCAAGCGAAGCUCUAUGUGGAAGCUGAAGCAAGCCGCAUGGCUCUUUCACCAUGUUGCUCUUGAUGCCACCGCAUUACUUUUCAUUGAUGAGGUGUUUUCCCCCCUUUUUUUCCAUGUUUAAAAUUCAUUCAGAUUUUAUUUGGCUUUUGUUUUGCUACUUUUCGCAUAUACAAGUCCUUAAUUAUUGACUUUUGUCCUGUGUGAUGAAUUAAUGCAUGCUCUGCUGCCAUUUAGAUGUUCCUUAGUUUUAUUUUUUCAAUUAUAUGCAUGUACAAUUUUCUAUUUGGUUUCGCGUCUUCUACUUUUGAUAUCUGAUAUAUGACUAGAUGAAUUUGUUUUACUCUACAGGAAGAAAAUAAACUAAUAAAGGUAUUUCUUAAUUUAAAAUGAGCUAUGUUAAUGAAAUACUUUAAUUUAUUUUUAUUUUAGAUGUGCAUCAAGGAUGUACCUCAAUCGUUGACUAAUCUCUUUUGCAUUGUAAUUUUAUUUAAAUCAAAUAUUAGGAUAAUUAUAGGAGAUUAGGUAUAGUGUAAUUAUACACCUUUAAUUUCUCAUUGAACACUUCAAGGAAGCCAAAUCCUAAUUUGCUUAUGGAAAAUGUUUUUGGUACCACCAGUGUAAAAUGUCGCAUUCUGUGUCAAUUUUUAGUAGUUGAAAUAAUUGAUUAUUGGUAAGAUUAGAUAUCACUGAAAUUUUCUCUCUCGUGAUCAUUGAUGUUGGAGAUAUUAGAAAGAUGUUGUAUAUAUGAAUAGUACUAGGUUGGAUGGGUUUUGCAUAGUUUGCUGAUCUGGCUGUGGAGCAUGUAUGCAGGUGGACAUGGAAAGCCUUUUGGUGACUGGCCAACUGAGCGUCCUGGUGGUUGGACAAGAUGUCUUAAGCACAACUGGCGAGGUUGGAUCUCAAUGCACUGUUCUUACAGAUAAUUACUGCGAGGACGCCUAUGAUUUACUUCAAAACCCUGUGCUGAAGAAACUAUUGCUUGCUGGUAUUCUGCUAGACACACAGAAUCUAAAAGCAUCUGCAUCAAUAUCGAUGACAAGAGAUGCAGAGGCAGUCCAGUUGCUAUUGGUUGGCUCAGCACCAAACUACAGAUAUGCUUUAUUUGAUCAAUUGAUGCAAGACCAAAACACUGCUUCUUUUGUUGAAGCUUUGAAUCAUAACUAUGGGAAGUCUCCUGAUGAAAGUGAACAAAACAGUGAAGGAAAUAUGGAGCAUAAAGUUCGUGAGAAAAAGUCAAGUUCUACAUCUGACCAUGAAGCCACUAUGUCAAGGUCAAAAACAAAUUCCAUCGACACAACAAGUUCUAAAACUAGCAAGAUUUCACCAAAACAAGGUUGCAUUUCAUUCUCUUUCCUUCCUUUUAUUCUCAUCAUGACUUUUCAGUUAAAGUUUAGAUUUUUUGGACUCAUGAUUUGAUAAAUAAAGGAUCGUUAGUUAUUAAACGGAUAUUCUCAGUAUGUCUAUUUCACUUUGUUCCAAUUCCAACCAUGAAUGUGAUGACAUCAAUUAUCCUUGCAGUCAAACUCAUUACGCCACCUUUGCUAUCUCCUGCUCCAGCACCGGCACCUGCAGAAAAAGAGGCCUCUCGUGGUAAAAACAAGUUCUUUUUGGCAAGGUGGUUUGGUUUUGGUUCAAAAUGAACAGAUCUCCAUGUGUGCCAAUGGCAACUAAAUUUUUGAAAAAAAUCAAAACAGAAGAAAAUAAAAUAAUCAGAUUAGAAGGCCAUUACUACAAAAAUUAUUAAUAAACAAAAGUAUUAGGUGUUAAGAUUAUCUUUCUUUGUAUAAUUUUUGUCAAAGAUAACUUAUUAGUAUAUAGGUAUUAUAGAUUUACACUAAUAAUGUAAUAUGUAUCAAUUUCCGAUCAGCAUGAUAUACUGUAUUAUUAAUGUAGACUCAUAAUGUCUGCAUUAAUAAUAUAAAUUUUAUUAGAGAAAGUUAAUAUAAAGUUAAACUGUUAGUUGCAAUUAUUUUAGUGUAUUUCUUUUCAUGGAUGCUUGGCACACAUGUAAGUUUAAAAUGUUCUUGUCACAUUUCCAGUUAAAUUAUUAUCUUUGUGCUCAGCAACAACAUCUGGGCCUACCUAUUAUAUUUCUUUGUUAAAUCAGCCCUGUUCCUCUGGCCGCGUACUUUUGAAUCUUUCAGUGUGACCUCGUUAUCAUUGUUUUUGACGUUGACGGGAUUAAUAAUCUCCUCUGGUCAAAAUUUUUUCAACUGCUU